AUGGUGAAUUCGAUGGUGGAAAGAGCGACGAGCGAUAUGCUCAUAGGUCCUGAUUGGGCUAUGAACAUCGAGAUCUGUGACAUUUGCAAUCACGAUCCCGCGCAAGCAAAAGAUGUUGUAAAAGGUAUAAAGAAGCGUCUUGGUAGCAAAAAUGCAAAAGUCCAGCUCCUCGCCUUAACACUUUUGGAGACAAUUGUAAAGAACUGUGGGGACAUCGUCCAUAUGCAUGUUGCUGAAAAAGAUUUGCUUCAUGAGAUGGUGAAAAUUGUGAAGAAGAAGCCUGACUUUCAUGUAAAAGAGAAGAUUCUAAUUUUAAUAGAUACUUGGCAAGAAGCUUUUGGAGGACCAAGGGCAAGAUAUCCUCAAUACUUUGCAGCAUACCAGGAUUUAUUGCGUCUUGGAGCAGUAUUCCCUCAGAGAUCGGAGAGGUCAGCACCUGUUUUCACACCCCCACAAACACAUCCUUUGGCCUCACAACCACAAAAUAUUCGUAACCUGGAAUCUAGGCAGAAUGCAUCUGAGUCUUCUGCAGAAGCUGAAUUUCCUACAUUGAGCUUGACAGAAAUUCAGAAUGCACGUGGUAUCAUGGAUGUUCUUGCCGAAAUGCUCAGUGCUAUAGAUCCUGGGAACAAAGAGGGACUUAGACAAGAGGUAAUUGUUGAUCUGGUGGAACAAUGUCGUACAUAUAAGCAAAGAGUGGUUCACCUUGUUAAUUCGACUUCGGAUGAAUCACUAUUAUGCCAAGGACUAGCACUGAAUGAUGACCUGCAACGUUUGUUGGCUAAGCAUGAAGCAAUUGCUUCCGGAACCACCACUGUUCAAUCAGACAAACCAAAACCUGAACCUGUUCGAUCCCUGGUAGAUGUUGAUGCUCCUCUUAUUGACACUGGUGAUAAAGGUGCUGGCUCAGGGACACAGUUAGCUCUUCCUGCUCCCCCUGCAUCUAGUGGUCAAUCAACAACUCCAACGAAGGCUGAUCCUAAGAUAGAUCUUUUGAGUGGAGAUGACUUCUCAUUGGCAAUUGUCCCAGUGGGAGAGCCUCAGCCGGCCAGCCCUGCUGCAUCUCAGCAGAAUGCCCUCACACUUAUUGACAUGUUUUCACAGAGUAAUAAUAGCCCCUCUUCCAAUUCUGUUGGACAAGCGCAUCCUUCUUCCCCUCAAUUUCAUCAACAACAGAAUUUUCAAUAUCCAAACGCACCAUUAUCUCCAAAUGGAACAGUUUCUGGUCCAAUGUUUCUCCAAAAUGAACAGUCACUUCACCCACAAGGCUCAACCUCUCCAUGGAAUGGUCAAAUAACCCAGCAACAGCAGCCAUCCUCGCCAGUUUAUGGUGCUCAAAAUAGUGGUGCAUUUCCACCUCCACCAUGGGAAGCUCAACUAGACAAUGGCCAGUUUGGCAGUAAUCAGUCUCCUCAGCAAAUGCAAGUGACAACACAAGUAACAGUCACCCACUCACAGCCAUUUCCCAGUGGCGCAUAUCUUCCAGGCUCACCUAUGGCAAAUGAUCAGGUAGUCGGCAUGUACAUUCAGCCAAUUACCACUGGCAAUUUUACAGCAAUCAACAACCAGGGUAUGGGAUUGCAUCCUCAACCAAUCCAGAGUCCACAAAUGGGUAUGUUUUCUCAUCCAAUGCAAUCUGGUCAAAUGGCUAAUAUGUAUACUCAGCAGAUUUAUGGAAAUCAAAUGGCGAACUAUGGCUAUGGUUACGGCCAACAGCAAAAUACUCAGUUCCUUGAGCAAAACAUGUCCGGGAUAUCUAUAAGGGACGACAGCAUCUUGAGAAAUUCUUCUUAUUCUUCAGCUCCGACUCCCACAUCCUCGUAUGUCCCAAGGCCCUCGAAGCCGGAGGACAAACUGUUUGGGGACCUAGUUGACAUUACUAAAUUUAAACCAUCGAAAACUACUCCGGUUCACGAGCUGAUCUCUGACGAAUUGAUUUCGAUUGAUUAA